AUGAUCAUGGACGGUGGUCACCACAAUAUGAUGCCAACCCGGGGCGUUGGUUGCGAUGAUCAGCGGGCUUCCGCUCCCAACACCAACCUUCUCGCCUCCGGCCCUUCUCCGGCUGCCACAAUAGUUGUCUCGGCACCCUCGUACAACAACCCCAAUGGUCCCUCACAGCCCGAUUCGCCAUCACCUGUUACCCAAGCUCAAUCUCCCCAUCCCAUAUCAACCCCAAGUACCCAAAGCCACGCCGCCGCCGCCAGUCUGUACCAGUGUGCUCACUGCCAACGGCGUUACUCUCGACCUGAACACCUGGCGCGUCACAUCCAGACGCAUACUCUUGGGAAGCGAUUCGCAUGUCAGAUAUGCGGCAAAGCCUUUGCGCGCCAAGAUCUACUCAAGCGACAUGUCACCAAUCACGAGAAUGACAACGACCCCAACAAGAAGAGACGUCGCACUGAUACCUCGCCCGGUGCCGGCCGUGUCUCUCACGCCUGCAGGCCUUGCGCCACGGCUCGCGUCAAGUGCGAGGAGCAAAAGCCAUGCACGCGUUGUCGAAAUCGCAACCUUAACUGCGAGUACUCAUCCACCGAAGCCGGCUCAGCUGCGGCCAUGCAUCUGCUUCACUUAUCUGGAAACCAGCGCCAGACGGCAUCAACGCCCGGAUCUCUCGCCACCUCUCCUUCCCAAUCUGCCUAUGAUAGCAGCCCGUCAGCGGCAUAUCAACAGCACCCUCAACAUGCCAUGCUACCACCCAGAGACGACAACGGUCAGUUGGGGCCUGCUCAUACCAUCAAGUCGGAAUCCGGCCGCAUACCUGCGACAGAAAAUGCCAUUGAACAAGUUCACCGUGCCGGCAUGCCUGAGAAUUACGAAAUUGGCCAACAGCAAGGUGUCGACAUGACGUUGCCUUUCUCUGACUUUCUCCAAAAUGUCAUCUACACAGAAGGAAUGGAUGCGUCACGGAUGGCGGAGGCACAAGGUCUAGCCGUGCUGGACUUUUGCGACAAUUCGAACCUCGAACUGAACGAAGUGGACUUCGGCCUAUUGGAUCACUGGAACAUGGACGCCACGGGGAACAGUUCUAACCAAAGCUUCACGCCUCGGACUGACGACUCCAUCGACUUGGUUCAAAUGCGACAAACGCUUGUCAAAGUCUGGACAGAGUCACCGUGGCAAUGGGCACCCAACAAGCUCGACUCAGGCUAUGUGGAGCACUCAAAUUUCUCCAUACCAUCCGACGACACGAGCAGCGCUGUGUUCAACGAGAGCAGGAAGAAGCACGCGAGGAUCGUCAGAGAAAGACUGGACCAGUCAGGCCGGGACCAAAUUCUGGCGAUUGUAUUGUCAACCUGCAAGAACGACAACAUCAUGAGCCGAGUCGCUUCUUCUUUCCCGUCCCUCGAAGUCAUGGACAGCCUUAUCCACAUCUAUCUCGCGCAACACUUCUGCCAGACAUCACAAUGGAUUCACCACGGCUCGUUUUCCAUGAAUACCCAGUGGCCAGAGUGGUUAGCUGUGGCAGCUUCAGCUGGGGCUACCCUAACUCCGGUGCAAACCUUGCGCAAGUUUGGGUUUGCUCUCCAAGAGGCGGUCCGAGUUACCAUCCCGGCAAGGUUCGAGGACGCCAACACUUCGAUCAAGAAUCUAGGUCUUGUGCAGACUCUGAUCUUGGGUCAAGACAUUGGUCUGUGGAGCGGCAACCGACGCAAGAUGGAGAUCGCCGAAUGUCACCUCUUGAUUCCAAUUACGAUGAUGAGAUACCGCGGCAAAUUCCAGCGAGCAUCGUACCCCAUGGUAGAGGUCAAUAUGUCGGACGAAGGCGAAGUUUUGGAGAAGAAAUGGAGGGCCUGGUGCGGGCGUGAGUCGUGGAAGAGACUACUUUUCCACUGCUUCGUGCGAGACGCUCAGACCUCCAUGACAACACUGACCAACCCCUCCAUGUCGUACUCGGAACUCACCCUGCCCCUUCCAGAAGCAAAAGAGCUGUGGUUUGCGAAGACAGCGACCGAAUGGAAGAUGCACUAUCUCGAACGAGCAAACGGCCAGAGCAAACGGCCACCUUCGAUCGGCGAUUUCUUCCGAGACGUCAGCCUACUGGCGACGAAUCGCCAGCGACUGGAUUUGCAGUUUGCAAUUUCGAUAUACCUGCAUGGCUACUGGGCACUCAUCCUCGAGUAUCUCCAGCUGUGUUCCGUCUUGCGCACCCGGACUUGGCUGAACAACUCUGGAGGGAAGUCUGAGGAGGUGCUGCGCUCUAGACAUGCGGAGCUAUGCAAAGACCUGCAGGGCUUUUUGCUGGUCACAUCCGACUGGCACGAAAUGCUAUCGACGCAGGAGAGUUUGGUGUUGCAUCUCCUCAUGAUGAAUCUGCACCUCUCUCUCAACGAUUUGCAGCUCUUCUCUGGCAAGGAGGGCGAGGACCAGGCGCGUCGAGUGUUUAGUGACUUGCGCGAGUGGUCGCAGAGCGCCGAGGCGCGCCAGUCGCUCUGGCACGCAGGGCAGAUUCUGCGCCAAGCCAAGAUGUUCCCCCAGGGGCAUCUAAAAGACUUUUACGCUAUAGCUGUUCAUCAUGCGGCUCUUGCGUGUUGGACCUAUGGGGUGGUUGCCAAAACGGGGGGAAAGACGCCAGUGCAGGGUUACGAGCAGGAGAAAGUAUUCCUGGACGGGACCGAGUCGAACUUUGUGCAUCGAUUCAUUGGCUUCAACCAAGGACGGCCGGUUAUAUUGGGCCCUAUGAGUGUGGCCGGCGCCACCGAGGCGUCUCUCGACGAUCCCAAGGCGUGCAUGGAAGUUGCCCAGGAAGUGCUCAGGGCUAACUUCCGAGAGUCGGCAGAUUUUGACCCACCCAUUGUCGAAAACCUAUGCCUACUUAUCAAGCAGCUAGGUCAUGCUGCUUGGGCGGUAGGCAUGUCAUGA